AUGCACAAGAAAGAUGUCGACGCCCCAUUCCGGAGACUGAUUCUUAUGGAGGAUGUUGAUCCACGGUUCGCAGAGCUUAUCAGCGUAGAGCUGAACAUUCCGCCUGAGUUUUGGAUCGCCCAUUGCAGUGAGCGUUUCAGGCUCAGGGUUUUGAACGAUAUGCUGCAGGAGGAAGGCCGCUCAACAUACUGGAAAGCACCGGUACCCCAGACGCGGCAAGGUCCUUAUCCAAUGGCAAUUCAACCAAACUGCGUCGAGUUGGGAUCUUUCGACCGAGUGUCGACUAGAAUGAAUCCCGAGAUUCCAAUAUUCUACUUUAAUAGUCUUGUUUCCUUUUGGGGCCAGAAGCAUAAAAACGGUUGGACAGUGGCAAUCCUCGUCGACCCGCACAAGUCCCGUCUGCGCCUGAUCAGGGAACAAAACUCUGACCCUCUUAGUCAGAGCCCAUCCCUGCCUUUUAAUUCACAGCCCCGUGUGGAUUUGUCCGAUUUCACGUGGCAAGGCAACUCCCGAGCGCUUCCCUCUCGUCCAGAUGCGCCGGUUCCAGAGCUUCUACAUAGCUGCGUUCUCUACGACGUGCUGGUAAAGGCCUACGACGGCAAGUGGGGUGCCAUGAGCCAUCAUGGCGAUCCUUUCGAUGCGACUACUGUUGUCCGGAAUCUGAUCUUCUCCAUUUGGAACAACUCGACUUCCGAUUACUCCAACGCCAUGCUUGACGGCUGGAAUUUGAAGGAGGAUUUGUGGAACAGUGCUGGCUUCAUCAGGGUCCUCGAGCAGCUGAGGAAAAGCACCGUCUUCAAUUUUGACGAGUUUCACUACAAGGCCAUGUCCAGCGACUUACGCCUGAUCGCACACCAAAAACAAUCGCUUCGCGAAUUGAAACGCUCGUUGCUUGCAUCGAACCCGGGCGAGGUGGACCAAAUUCCAUCCGCAAGUGCAAUCGAUAACGCGCAGAACGAGGUGGCCGGUUCUUGUGCACAAGUCGAAUUCGAAACCAGACGUUGGCUUCGGAUCGAUGAAACACUCAAAGCAACCGAAGACGUUCUUCGACAGAUUAUGGAAAGCUUCUCGAGAAGAGCCGAGUUACAGAACUCCUUCUACAGCCAUCAGCAGGCUCAAGCUGCUGACCGUCAAGCUAGGAGCGCGGGUCAACUGACGAAGAUUGCCACCGUUGCCGUUCCUAUGUCCGUGGCCUCGGCGGUCUUCUCGAUGGGUGGGGAAUUCGCUAUUGGGGAAAGACUGUUUGCCGUGUACUGGGCGGUUUCUGCACCUGUCACUGCACUCUUAAUUCUUUGGCUCAUAUUUUCGGACAGCAUCUCGAAGCAGUGGGAGAACUUCCAAAAGAAGUUGACGCUGGGGUUCAAGAAACAUUUCCCCAUCGCUUGGAAAAAGAAGGAGGGAGACGCAACAGGGCAGUGA